AUGUCAGAAAACCAGCAACCGCAAGAGGAGUUGUCCCUCCCGAAGGCAACUGUGCAGAAGAUAAUAUCGGAGGUGCUACCGUCUGAGUUCAGUUUCACCAAGGACGCGCGAGAAGCACUGAUCGAGUGCUGCAUUGAGUUCCUUAUGAUUCUGUCCACUGAAUCGAACGACAUCGCCGACAAGGAGCUCAAGAAGACCAUCUCGACCGACCAUGUUCUCAAGGCAGUGACCGAGCUUGGCUUUGUGGACUACAUCCCAGUGCUUGAGAAAUGUCUGAGCGAGUUCAAGGAAAGCAACAAGUUCAAAGAGCGCAAGAAUAGCAAGUUCCAGAAUAGCGGGCUGUCCGAGGAAGAGCUGCUGAGGCAGCAGGAAGAGCUAUUUCGCGCCAGCAGAAACCGUCUCCAGCAACAGAACGUCAAGGAUGAGAGCGAGUAA